UCCAUAUAUCCCACCAUGCCCAGCGUGCCACGUCGCAGUCGCCAUUUUCCUUCCAAGUUGGCAGCGAGUCGUCGUGCACACAGCAGCCAUGAACGUCUUCAGACUCAUAGGAGACCUCUCCCAUUUACUGGCUAUCAUCAUCCUAUUGCUCAAGAUAUGGAAGACAAGGUCAUGUGCAGGUGUCUCAGGCAAGAGUCAGAUCCUGUUCUCGCUGGUGUUCAUCACCCGCUACCUGGAUCUGUUCACCAACUUCAUCUCCGUCUACAACUCCGUCAUGAAGAUCAUUUACCUGCUGACAUCACUGGGCACUGUCUACCUGAUGUACUUCAAGUUCAAGGCCACCUAUGACAGUAACCACGACACCUUCCGGAUCGAGUUCCUGGUGGUGCCCGUCGGUGGCCUGUCCUUCCUGGUCAAUCAUGACUUCACCCCAUUGGAGAUCUUGUGGACUUUCUCCAUCUACCUUGAGUCUGUGGCCAUCCUGCCCCAACUCUUCAUGAUCAGUAAGACUGGGGAAGCUGAGACCAUCACCAGCCACUACCUGUUUGCCCUGGGCUCCUACCGUGCUCUGUACAUCAUCAACUGGGUCUACCGCUACUAUACAGAGGGCUUCUUUGAUCUGAUCGCCAUUGUUGCAGGAUGUGUACAGACGAUACUCUACUGCGACUUCUUCUACUUGUACAUCACUAAAGUGUUAAAAGGCAAGCAGCUAAAGCUCCCAGCAUAAGUUAUGGCAGCAGUACAGACAACAGGAAGAGAGCUUAGCUUACCUUUACAACAUGUACACAACAUUGUAUAGAUGUGUUUGAGCAAAGGACAACCAUUCCAUGUAAAGAUGUUGAGAACAGUGUGGAACAUCAGUGGCUCUAGGUGUAGAGGAAGACAAAAGGAAAAUAAUUUGAGGGAAUUCUGGAUUCAAAUAUCUAGUAUUGGUAGGAGAAUUAGAAGAAAAAUGGAUGGUGCCUGCUUAUGUUACUUGAUAACAAGUAUAUUUGGAUUCAAUAAUAUAUUACUUACAGGCUACUUUGUACAUGUACCUUGGAUAUUGAUAGUUCUAAAUCCUCAGCUUACAGUGACAGAUGUCAUGACAGCAUGAGAUUUAGAAAGGCUUUGAAUGUUUGUCUACACCUAAGUUAUCUGCCAUCUGUACUGUAGCUGGUAGCAGUUUCAAGGGUAAGGGUAUUGUGCACUCUAUUGUACAUUAGCACUGCUGUCUUUCUUCACACUUUGUAAAGAAUGUAACAAAAGGUGAUAGAUGCUUGGCAGAAGCAAAACAUAGUGUGCACAUUCACCCACCCUCUGUGAAAUAACAAUGCAGCUAUGAGCAGAUUGUAACAUGGUAAUCUGUAUGUUUGUCUGCAUUUUUUAGGGUCUGCUGCUACCAGCCAUAAGCUGCCUAGACAGUCCCAUGUAAUGACUUGUCUCAUUGUCUAUAAAGUCAAAGUCCUAUUAUAAGGUAAAAACGCAAGUAGUAUGUUUUUGUUGUCGGUAACUUUAAGGAAAGCCACGGUUUCUUUAUACAUUGGUACAGAUACAGAAGCUUGCACUUAUUUCAGGCUCAAAUUAUAAUAGUGGUUUAUCAUUUGAACGAGUUUUUUUUUCUUCUCAAAGCAACCUUUAGAUUCCUGACAGCUGUCAGAAAUGUAGGAUGGGGCCUUGAUGUAGUGCUGGUUCAUCUAUUAGUUCUGAUGAACAGUUACAGUACCUGGACAUCACAAUCAGUAGUGACCAAAGUUGUGAAUGUAUACAAUAAUGCAAGGAGUAACUUCUAGAUCUCAAUCAUCCUACCUGCAUUCUCAAUCUGAGUCAAAGCCACCUGCAAAUGUAUAUGGUCAAAAAAUUGUCAAUUGUGUAUUUGUCAAGUAGUAAUAAAUAUCCCACAGGAUAGUAUUUUUAACCUCAAAGUUAUGAAGGGACAAUAAUUGGUAUUCUUUUUGUCUUAAUAAGCUUUGUAUGAAUGCAACGUCACAGAAGGGAGGCCUAAUCCAAGAUCAAAAACUGCAAAUCUUGCAUUCACCAAAACUACAGCUUUGUUAACAGAAGGCUUAGAAGGAAACAUUUGUGUCAGACAGGAAUAGGUGGAACUGUAGGAAAAGCAAGUUUUGACAUACUAAUUAGCAGUUGUCCAUUGUUUUCUAACAAAUAUAUUUGGGACAGGUGGGCAGAUUGUAUGUAAGCAAUGACUUUUUCAACUAGAUGGGAAGUAGAUAUGCCGUGUUUUCUUGUAGCAUUGUUUGAUAAAGACUUCUUUAUAGGACAUUACAUAAAAUGUUAAAAGUUGUGAGCCUGAGGUUUUGUUUAUUUCACAAUUACUAACAUAUUUUCAAUCAGCCAUGGUUUUGUAAAGAAAAGGGUAUAAGAAUGUUGAAGACAUAUUUUUGAACCACGCAAUUCUUGUACAAACACAUCAAAGUACUUGGUAGUCAUUUAGGUGUAAUUGUGCAAAAUGGCAAGUUACUCAAUAGUGUGUAGGAAGUAAUAACUAGCAUAUGUAGGUCAUGUCAUGUAUGUUUCCUGCUUCCCUUAGUUUUCUUUGUACGAAAGGCAGAAACAAUAAACACUUUUACUAUA